CAGAUCAACACACCCGCAGAUUAUGCCAUGUGGCCUCUCUCUCCUCUACAGCUCACUUCCUCUCUCUAAAAGACCAGACCUUCAAUUCAAUGUCUUUGCUGUGAUUCUCAUAAAGCUCACUGUCCCAAUUCUCCUCUUCUUCUUCUGUCUUUUUGAUUUUUCAAAAUUAAAUUUCUUUUUUUUCUUUCAAGUUGACUGUCAACCGGAGAAGACGAUGGGAGGUUGUACCUCCAAACCCUCCUCCUCCGUGAAACCCAAAGACGCGUUCCCACAAAAUGACGAUUCUACCCCUGCCCAUCCCGGCAAAUCACCGGUCCGUACCUCAACCGCCGUAAAGUCCUCUCCUUUCCUCCCAUUCUACACUCCAAGCCCCGCCAGGCACCGCCGUAACAAGAGCCGCGACGGAGGAGGAGGAGGAGAGAGCAAGAGCGUUACCAGCACUCCGCUCCGUCAGCUCGCGCGUGCUUUCCACCCUCCGUCGCCGGCGAAACACAUCCGGGAUGUUCUGCGGCGGAGGAAGGGGAAAAAGGAAGCUACUUUGCCGGCGGAGAAGAAGCAGACGGAGGAGGAGAAGGAGAGAGAGGAGGUGGGGCUGGACAAGAGAUUCGGAUUCUCAAAGGAGUUUCAGAGUAGGAUGGAGUUAGGGGAAGAGAUUGGGAGAGGGCAUUUUGGGUAUACUUGCUCUGCUAAGUUCAAGAAAGGAGAGCUCAAGGAUCAUGAGGUUGCUGUUAAAGUCAUCCCUAAAUCUAAGAUGACAACUGCAAUAUCUAUAGAGGAUGUAAGAAGAGAAGUUAAGAUCCUGCGGGCGUUAUCUGGACAUAACAAUCUAGUACAAUUCUACGAUGCGUUUGAGGACAAUGCUAACGUCUACAUCGUUAUGGAGUUAUGUGGAGGUGGUGAACUCCUUGACAGAAUACUAGCAAGGGGAGGGAAAUACACUGAAGAUGAUGCAAAAGCAGUGCUUACACAGAUCCUUAACGUUGUAGCUUUCUGUCAUCUCCAAGGAGUAGUUCAUCGAGAUUUAAAACCAGAGAACUUCUUGUACACUUCCAAGGAGGACAACUCUCAGUUGAAAGUGAUAGAUUUUGGUUUAUCAGACUUUGUCAGACCAGACGAGAGACUAAACGAUAUAGUGGGCAGUGCAUAUUACGUAGCCCCUGAAGUUCUACACAGAUCUUACACCACGGAAGCGGAUGUUUGGAGUAUAGGAGUCAUAGCAUACAUUCUCCUAUGUGGAAGCCGGCCCUUUUGGGCAAGAACUGAAUCAGGGAUCUUCAGAGCAGUUCUUAAAACUGAUCCGAGUUUUAGUGAACCUCCUUGGCCUUCACUGUCCUUUGAAGCUAAAGAUUUUGUUAAACGGUUACUAUACAAAGAUCCUAGAAAGAGAAUGACAGCCUCUCAAGCUUUGAUGCAUCCAUGGAUCGCGGGAUGUAAGAAGAUGAAUAUCCCAUUUGAUAUUCUGAUCUUCAGGCAGAUGAAAGCAUACUUGAAAUCUUCUUCUUUGCGCAAAGCUGCUUUGAUGGCUCUGUCCAAGACAUUGAUUACAGAUGAACUUCUUUAUCUGAAAGCACAGUUUGCGCUUUUAGCACCUAACAAAAACGGCCUCAUCACUCUGGAUAACAUCAGAUCGGCACUUGCUUCAAAUGCGACCGAAGCAAUGAAAGAAUCAAGGAUACCUGACUUUCUUGCAUUGUUAAAUGGACUUGAAUACAAAGGGAUGGAUUUUGAAGAGUUUUGUGCAGCUUCCAUUAGUGUUCAUCAGCAUGAGUCACUUGAUUGUUGGGAGCAGAGCGUUCGCCAUGCUUAUGAGCUCUUUGAGAUGAAUGGGAACCGAGUUAUCGUCAUCGAAGAACUCGCUUCCGAACUCGGUGUUGGAUCAUCGAUACCAGUCCAUACCAUCCUACAUGACUGGAUUAGACACACUGAUGGGAAGCUAAGCUUCUUGGGUUUUGUCAAACUGUUGCACGGUGUCUCUACUCGACAGCCUUUAGCUAAAACACGGUGAUGGGGGCGUUAUGACAGAUCCAAAAGCAUACAUAGGGAAUGGAGAUGUCAAAGAACUUUACUGAUCUUGUUAUGGAAUUGUAAACUGGAAUUUGUAUUAAAAGAGACUCAUUCAUUCCCAAGUUGAUAGUGUUAUAAAAGAAAUGCAAAAGUUUCAACAAAAGAAGACUACUGUUAAAUUCAGACACGCCUUGAAAGUUGUAAUCAGACAACAAUCCAUAGUGAUGUUUUUAAAAGAUUAAUGGAAGAGAGAUUCUGAA